AUGGUUUCGUCCGAAUGGCAGGUUGUAUGGGCUUGUUUUGCGUCCAGAUUGGCUGUUUCGUACCUGUUCCCUUCUUUGCAGCAGCAAUUGGACAGAACCGUUGAGUUUUCUACUCCGGUUACAAGCUAUAGAUCUCUGCAAGAAGGUGCGUAUCUUUUACUGCAUAAUUUGCCCAUUUAUGAUGGUGGUGUUGUGCAUCAUGUGCCUCUGCUGGUAGCUUUAAUGGCAUUCGUUCAACAAGCGGAGUUUCUAAUGCCCGUUUUGUUUGCGGCCAUGGACACUCUAAUAGCGUAUCAAUUGAUGCAAAUAGCUAAGAUAUAUCAACGCCAAUUGCAAAUUCCUAGUUAUAUUCCAGGUGUGGUUUAUGCAGUGAACCCUUUGGUACUUUUAUCAUGUGUCUCACAAUCGACAUGUCUAUUUGUGAACCUUUCCAUUUCUACUUCUUUACUAUUUGCGUUAUCUAGACAGUUCUCACUGUCAGCCAUAUGCAUUGCGUUGGCUGGUUAUUUAUCACCUUACGCUUAUCUACUGUUGAUCCCAUUGGCAGGAAUCUGUGGAUCAAAUUCUUUCGGCCUUGUUGUCAAGUGUACAUUGGUAUCGAUUGUUUUGCAGUUGAUCAGUUUCAAGUUAAAUAACGAUAACUGGAACUAUUUGACUUCAACAUACUGGAUAUUGAUUACUUUCAGUAAGAUAAGGCCAAAUCUAGGGUUGUGGUGGUAUUUCUUUAUUGAAAUGUUCGAAUUUUUCAUCCCAUUUUUCAAAUCUGUGUUCAACAUAUUUGUUGUUUCAUUUAUCCCACCUUUCACUAUUAGAUUCAAUCAGCAAUCGUUUUACGCAUUUGUUCUAUGUCUAGGUUGGAUUACGCUCACCAAAUCAUACCCAACGUUAGGUGACGGAGGGUUUUUCUUAAGUUUUAUCCCAUUUUUCAAACCGAUCUUUGGGUAUCUAAGAUAUCCAGUCAUAUCAACCCUUUUAUUCAUUCAUGCCAUCAUUUUGUCACCAAUCUUCUACUACCUAUGGAUUGGAUUAGGCUCCGGUAAUAGUAACUUUUUCUAUGCCAUUUCUUUGGUUUAUGCGUUAGCCAUCUCGUCAGUGAUUGUGGAUUUGACGUGGGCCAUGUUAAGAAUUGAAUACGAUUCAGGUAAACCAAACCUUUCAUUAAAACUGACUCAAAUUUGA